GGCCCGGGGCUCCUCCGACUCCCUCUGUGCAGACGCUGAAGUUACUAGACAUGGCAGCCGGCGGAACUGUUUGCAAAGCCCAGUGAAAAAUCAAAGCCAGCGCGUAGAGAGCGCCAGCCACCCCCACCGGCUGAGGAAAUGACUCUCACGUGAGGGAGGCGGCAGCUCGGGGACUCUCACCGCGCUCCCUGCCGGGGGAGGGAACACCAGGCGCCGCCGCCAACGCCCCGUCGCUCCCGAGCUCUGAGCGCGGAGUCCCGGCGCUGCCCGGCCGGAAGACAAUGCCCACCAGUUUCACGGUAGUGCCGGUGGAGGGGCAGGAGCCGCAGCCUAGCCGGCCACUGGAGGACCCGAACCAGCAGCUGGCGGAGUGCAGUUCCGGGGAGCCGGGAGAUGGGAUUCCGAAGGAAAGUAGCCCAUUUAUUAACAGUGCCGAGAUGGACAGAGGAAAUAUCUAUGAAGGGAAAAAUAUGGCUCUCUUUGAGGAAGAAAUGGAUAGCAACCCCAUGGUAUCAUCUCUUCUUAAUAAGCUAGCAAAUUAUACCAAUCUGACUCAGGGAGUGGUAGAACAUGAAGCAGAUGAAGACAGCAAACGAAAAGAAAUCAAGGCUCCACGUAUGGGUACUUUUAUUGGUGUGUACCUUCCCUGCUUGCAAAACAUUUUAGGAGUCAUUCUUUUCCUACGUUUGACAUGGAUCGUUGGAACAUCGGGAGUUCUUGAAUCUUUCAUCAUUGUGUUCAUGUGCUGUGCUUGUACUAUGUUGACUGCAAUUUCAAUGAGCGCAAUAGCAACAAAUGGCGUAGUUCCAGCUGGUGGCUCUUACUAUAUGAUUUCAAGAUCUUUAGGGCCAGAGUUUGGCGGAGCAGUGGGACUCUGUUUUUACUUGGGUACAACUUUUGCAGGAGCUAUGUAUAUUCUUGGUACCAUUGAAAUUUUGUUGACAUAUAUUUCUCCCAGUGCUGCUAUAUUUAAAGCAGAAGAUGCUGAUGGAGAAACAGAAGCCAUGUUAAACAACAUGAGAGUUUACGGGACGUGUAUUGUCGCUCUGAUGGCCAUAGUAGUUUUUGUAGGAGUUAAAUAUGUCAACAAACUUGCACUGGUCUUCCUAUCUUGUGUGAUUCUUUCCAUCUUUGCCAUUUAUGCUGGUGUUAUUAAAACUGCUUUUGACCCACCAGACUUUCCUAUUUGUCUUCUUGGAAACCGUACAUUGUCAAGACGCAACUUUGAUAUUUGUGCCAAAUUUAUUGAGGUAAACAAUGAAACAGUGACAACGAAGCUGUGGAGUCUCUUCUGUGAUAGUCGGUCACUCAAUGCCACAUGUGAUGAAUACUUUAACCUAAAUAACGUGACAGAAAUUCAAGGGAUUCCUGGAAUUGCUAGUGGAGUUCUAAUUGAUAACCUGUGGAGUGCCUAUACAGACAAAGGAUCAAUUAUUGAAAAAAAAGGUCACCCAUCAGUUACUGGAACAGAAGAGAUAAAAGUUGGAGGACUCCCAUAUGUUUUUACAGACAUUAUGACCUACUUCACAAUGCUAGUAGGGAUUUAUUUCCCGUCUGUGACAGGUAUUAUGGCAGGAUCAAACAGAUCUGGAGAUCUUAGGGAUGCUCAGAAAUCUAUUCCUACUGGAACAAUUUUGGCUAUUUCAACUACAUCCUUUAUCUAUCUAUCCUGCAUUGUUUUGUUUGGUGCAUGUAUAGAAGGUGUGAUAUUAAGAGAUAAGUUUGGAGAAGCAGUUAAUGGAAACCUAGUGAUUGGUACAUUGGCAUGGCCUUCUCCAUGGGUAAUUGUAAUUGGUUCAUUCUUCUCUACAUGUGGUGCUGGUCUACAGAGUCUUACUGGUGCACCCCGGCUGUUGCAAGCUAUUGCAAGAGAUGGCAUAAUACCAUUUCUUCAAGUAUUUGGUCAUGGAAAAGCAAAUGGUGAACCAACAUGGGCAUUACUUCUCACUGCUUGUAUUUGUGAGAUAGGAAUUCUCAUAGCUUCGCUGGAUAGCGUAGCACCAAUUCUUUCAAUGUUUUUCCUAAUGUGCUAUAUGUUUGUGAACUUGGCCUGUGCAGUGCAGACUCUUUUAUGCACUCCAAACUGGAGACCUCGCUUCAAGUACUACCACUGGGCUCUUUCAUUCCUGGGGAUGAGUUUAUGUUUUGCCUUGAUGUUCAUUUGCUCUUGGUACUAUGCUUUGAUUGCCAUGCUAAUUGCAGGAUGUAUUUACAAGUACAUAGAAUACAGAGGAGCCGAAAAAGAGUGGGGUGACGGAAUCAGGGGGUUAUCUUUGAAUGCAGCUCGCUAUGCUUUACUUCGGGUUGAACAUGGUCCUCCUCACACGAAAAACUGGAGACCUCAAGUCUUGGUUUUGUUGAAUUUGGACUCGGAACAGGUGGUUAAACACCCUAGAUUGCUUUCUUUCACCUCUCAGUUGAAGGCUGGUAAAGGAUUGACUAUUGUGGGCUCUGUACUACAGGGAAUCUACUUGGACAAAUACAUAGAAGCUCAAAAAGCUGAAGAGAAUAUUAAAUCCUUAAUGGGAGUAGAAAAGACCAAAGGAUUUUGCCAGAUCGUGGUAUCUCCCAGUUUUAGAGAUGGAAUGUCCCAUUUGAUUCAGUCUGCUGGUCUGGGAGGGAUGACACAUAAUACAGUCCUGAUGGCCUGGCCACAGUCAUGGAAACAGACCGAUAAUCCUUUCUCAUGGAAAAAUUUUGUUGAUACAGUACGAGAAACAACAGCGGCACAACAAGCUCUACUGGUCGCUAAAAACAUUGAUUUGUUUCCAACAAAUCAAGAGCGCUUUUCUGAAGGGAACGUAGAUGUGUGGUGGAUUGUUCAUGAUGGUGGCAUGCUGAUGUUGCUUCCUUUCCUGCUUCGACAGCACAAGGUGUGGAGAAAAUGCAAAAUGCGUAUCUUCACUGUUGCCCAAAUGGAUGACAACAGUAUUCAAAUGAAAAAGGACCUUCAGAUGUUUUUGUAUCAUCUUCGACUUAAUGCUGAAGUAGAGGUUGUUGAAAUGUUUGAAAAUGAUAUUUCAGCAUUCACAUAUGAGAAGACUCUUAUGAUGGAGCAGAGAUCUCAGAUGUUAAAACAGAUGCAGCUGUCUAAGAAUGAAAGGGAAAGAGAGAUUCAGAGCAUCACUGAUGAGUCUCGAGGCUCAGUCAGAAGAAAAAGCUACUCUAGUCCACAGUCCAUUGGUCAAGAUAUACAGGCUCUGCUGCCUAAUGACAAUCCAGAAGAAGAGGCUCAGUUAAUCCAUGAUAGAAACACUGCAUCCCAUUCAGCAGCUGUUGUUAAGUGUGAUGCUGCUGCUGCUACACCUGAAAAAGUGCAAAUGACCUGGACUAAAGAAAAGUUUAUAGCUGAAAAGCACAAAAAUAGAGAAACAAAUAUAACAGGUUUUAAAGAUAUCUUCAACAUGAAGCCAGAAUGGGGAAAUCUGAAUCAGUCAAAUGUGAGAAGAAUGCACACUGCUGUGAAGCUCAAUGGAGUAAUAUUAAAUAAGUCACAACAUGCUCAACUAGUUUUAUUGAAUAUGCCUGGACCUCCUAAAAACAAAAAAGGGGAUGAAAACUACAUGGAGUUUUUGGAAGUUUUAUCAGAAGGUCUGAACAGAGUUCUCUUAGUGCGAGGUGGUGGACGUGAAGUGAUCACCAUUUACUCCUAAUGCUGUUACAGAUUAACUGCAGUAAUUUGAACAGUUGAAAUGAAAUUACCUGUGUACUUGAAAUGAUGUACCAGCUGAAUCUUCUGAUCAGGUGUACUGCUUUCUUUCAAAGGAAUCUAUCUGAAAUUAUUUCCUACAUAGAUUUAUCUUUAUAGAAGAAAUGUAUAUAUUGUAGUAUUAAAUAAAUGCUGAGGAUCAGGAGGGUAUUUUUUUAAGCAAUCUUGGUGUGAGACCCAAGAAGGGAAAGGUAAUUUUUAUGGCAGAUGAAGUAACUAAUGUUUUAAAUGUGCACAAACAGAGAAAAACAGACAUCUGCAUUUUUAGUAACAUUAAUUGUAUUAUUUUGCUUCUACAAAAGAAUAAUUUAAUGAUGUUAAAACCUCCCAAGUUUAUCAACAAAACAUGAAAUAUUUCAGACAAGAAACCCUGGUCUUAUUAUUUUGUCCUCUUGACAGACUACUAACUACUAUAAUUCUUUUAAAUUACCUUUUUUUGUAUUUUUAUCUAAACUUUACUUUGCUGACUUUACUAAGUUAUAAAAAAUAUCUGUGACCCCCUUUGCACUGCUGCUGUGUAAGGAUAAUCUCCAAUUGGAGGUGAAGGUAUUCUACUUACCCCUUCACACACAGUUCCUUUCAUGCUUGUAGCCCACUGCAUUCCAGUGAUCCCAGAGUAGCCACCUUGGGGGCUAUUGCAUUUUGGAGCAGUCUGAGAACUGCAACCAGAACUCGAGAAUUUUAACCAUCUCCUGCUUAGAUAAUGGACAUAGCAAGUGAUGGGGAAGAGAAUAGGGAAAGUAGGGCAUUUUAUAUAUCCUAUGUCUGUGAUUCUGCCUUGUGAUGAAUUUUCAACACACGGCAUGCAAUAUUCAAAUUCAAAUGAUAAAACUGAAGUGUGGGAAAUAAGGAGGUUCACUUUGACCAGUUAAGUGUAGUGUUCUGCUUUAAAUUAAAUGCAGGAACAGUCGCCCUAUUUCUUUUUAUUAUUUUUAUUUCUUUGUCAACUGAAUUGGGGGUAAACUAUUAACUUUGUAGAUAUUUGUUUUAUAUAGUAUUUUUCAACUUUGUGUUAAUAAUACACCUCUGUGCAUUAUGACUGGCCAUAAAAUUAAGUUUAUAAAUUACAUCUUAAAACUAUUUGUAACUGCCUAGUGUUUGUUGAUACUGAAAAUAUCUGGCCACAAAUAUUGCAAUAGUACCUAGGGACUAUACUAGUUUAAGGGAUCUGGCAUAAUUACACUAAAGACAAAGUGCAAUGUGUAAAAUAAAAUAUGUUAUUCUGUGUGGGGAACAUAAUUUCAUGUUUUAAAUGAUAGAUCUGCCAAUAUAUUUUCAGUAAGCAUUUCAGGUAAGUCAUUUUUUCUACAAAUUUCAUUGAUGAAGUAUAUAUUCAGUCAUAGAUAAAAAUGGCUUAUAAAUGUAUUAAAGAAAUAUUCUACUUGUCAACUCAUUUUUACAUUUUGUUUUCUUUGUACAACACUAUCUACUGUUUAUAGUCUCUAUAAAGAAAUAUUUUUACACACACUUAUAGCAACCUUAGAAGUAAAUGCUGUAUGUUCCAGGCCCUGUUUUGAAAGAUUUCUUCAAUAGUUUUGCUGCAGUAUGUCUAAACAUGCACAUUUUUUGGUUUGUGCUUUCUUUUCAGUUCUCUGGUUUAGAACUUUAGAGUAUGUGGUAGAGUAGUUAGGUGUACCAAAGCUCAUUCAAUAUUGUAACUGGAACACACAUCCUAGAUUCCUUGUAAUAAUAAUCUGGCUAUCAUAGCUCAUAAAGAAUAUUUUUUGUAAAAAUAUGAAGUGAUGUAACACUUUUUCAGAAUGAAUCUGAAUGUAUUCGUAAACAAGAAACAAUACCACUCAAUACAUUGGACAGACUUAAUUCCAAAAAUAAUUAAACAGCUAAAGAAAUUAUGUUUACUAAACUGUGUGAUGAAAGAUUGUGUUGAUGUAAUAUUCAUUAUGAAUAUGUACCUAAAAGAAUCUAGAAAAUAUCUAGUCUGAAAUAGCAGAAAGAAAUCCAUCAUCUCUUUGAUGCAAUACCAUAAGCUACUCUAGCCAUUAAUAAGAAUUAGGGGUACACAUCAAAGUGCAGCAUUUUUCAGUGUAUGCAAAUAUGGCUUUUAACUUAGUAAGUAUUUUUUUUAAAUAGGAAAGUCACAAUCCUUGAAACUAAUAGUUAUGAAAAUUAAGAAGAUGAAUCAUGGCUACAAGUACAUUUUGGUAUUACAGCAUAAGUACCUGCCAGAUAACCCUGAGGUUAUUUUUUGUUUAUACUAAAAUAUUUGCAAGAUCAUUAUCUUCUCUAUACGAAAUACUUUUGUAAAUGUUUAGAAAUGACAAUGUUUCCCUUUGUUUGUGUAGAUGU